GUCAAGGUGGUCCACAUGGCAUUUCCAUUGCAGAGAUGGCAAGGCACUUUAGAAAGCACUGGAAAAAGUAUACGUUUGGAAGCAUUGUAUUUACUCUUGGAGGCUCUUACCUCACAAGAAAAUUCAGGGAUAGAAAUGUCAUUCGCGAGUAUUGUGAGGAAGCCAAACAAUAUGGUGAGAAGGGGAUCUCUGUUCUCGAUAGGCCCAAGAAAGUGACGGUGUUCCUCAAUCCAAUGGCUAACAAAAUGGAUGCAAAGAUCCAGUUUAAGAAGUAUGCUGGACCUCUGUUUCAUCUUUCAGGAUAUGAUGUGACGGUUGUGGAGAGCGAGUAUGAGGGACAGAUACGAACGCUUAUGGGCUACAUCGACCCUGAAUGUGAUGCCAUUGUGGUUGCCGGGGGUGAUGGUACCAUUAUGGAAGUUGUGAAUGGGCUGAUGAGACGUUGGGAUGUGGAGAAGACAAGAACUAUUCCAAUCGGUAUACUCCCACUAGGAAGAGAAAAUCGAUUUUACAGCAGAUUUUUCUCUUCAAGAUUGUCUCUAUCGCAAACUAGGCGCAUUAGUGAAGCUGCUAUGGACAUCAUACGUGGAGCCACAGUGCCAAUACACAUGUUACAGCUGGAGCCAGAGAGUGGCAAGACCUUGUUCGCCCUCUCUUCCAUUCACUGGGGUGUCUUUAGAGACUCGUUACAGAUCAAGGACAGAUUCAAGUUGUUUGGGAAGUUUCGGUUAUUGAUGUCCCAUGUACGGACAGUAUUGAGAGGUUGGCCUGGUGAUUAUUCCUUACGUCUAUGGUUCCCUGCCUCUUCAAGGUCUUCCUCUGUCGGUACCAUGCCUCCUGAUAGUCAAGUGGCAAACUCGCCAAAUAGUACCACAUCAGAGGCAUUGAAUCAAACUGCUGUGGGACGCAGGAAAAUUGAACCCACGCGUCUUGUUGCCAGGAGAACCGAGGGCUGGCAGGAGAGACAGCUGGACGUGGUAGGGUUGCACCUUUGUCUAGAGGAGUCAGCCAGCCUAGAAGAGAGACUAAAGACAGUAGUCUGGCCAGCCGAUCUCAAAAAGUGGGACUUCAUCAAGCAGGGGUGGUCUGCUUCCCUCGGGAAAAAUGUCCCUCCUGUCCCAGGGACGCUUAGUGUCGACUCAUCACAGCUAGUCCUUCACCCACAGUCUGGAGGUGUGUCUUGGCUCAACAUUGACGGGGAGCCGUACGAGGCGAUGCCACUUUCUGUAACUGUCCUGCCCAGUGUCAUUAGAGUCUUCACCAAACAAUCUUAGUUAAUUAUUUCAAUUCAGGUCAGAAUGACUGUACACCAUGAGUACACAAUGUACUUGUUUUCCCUACUAUGCAAAGCUCAAUUAUUUUCCUCAUUAAUUUUUGUGUGUAAUGUUUACCGGCUCUGGUGCUGCCCUUUACUUCUUC